AUGGACGAACGCCGCCCUCCCUCGUACGAAUACACCCCCUGGACACUUCAGGCGACCGUAUGUUCUCUUCAGUGUAAGAGUAACUGCUACGAUGCGUUGUCAUACAGUUGGGGAAGGGAUGACCGACAGGAGAAUAUCAUUAUUAGCAGCAGAAGCCUUGCCAUUGGACGAAACCUCUGGAGCUUUGUCAUUGAGCUCUUCAACCAGCACGGGCCGAUCGACACCUGGGCCGACGCAAUUUGUAUUGACCAAGGAAACACCACCGAGAAAAAUCACCAGGUGCACAGAAUGAGUCAGAUCUACCAAGCUGCUUGCCAGGUCCAUGUCUGGUUGGGAUCAAACGCCUUAGGAAACCUCCUCAAGGCUCUCAACACCCCUGCGUGGGAUACCUUCUUCCUUUCCAAGGACAUGGCAAAUGACUUAUUCGACAACUCGUAUUAG